AUGGGUUUUGAGGUCACUGGAGGACAUAGGGGCAUCACAUUUGGGUUCUUUGGUGCGAGCUCAAUCAGUAACAUAGACGACGGAGAGUACAAGUGUCGAGACGGCUCAUCCCCGGAGGUGCACAACAAGGUGAUCUCAGGUGUGGUGGGCGCCGCCUCGUCCGUCACGUCCAUACAGGUGGCCAACCUCCUCCGACUCUUCAAGAUUCCGCAGGUGUCUUUCUUCUCGACGUCCCCGGAGCUCAGCAACAAGCAACGGUUCGAAUACUUCUCCCGAACCAUCCCCUCGGACCACUACCAGGUGAAGGCCAUGGUCGAGAUCGUCAAGAAACUCGGCUGGUCCUACAUCUCCAUCAUCUACGAGGAAUCGAACUAUGGGAUCAAGGCCUUUGAGGAGCUCGAAGGACUCCUCUCCCAGAACAACAUCUGCAUCGCCGUGAAGGAGAAGCUGGUGAAGGAUUCCGGGGUGGCCGAGGAGGGGGCCUAUGACCACAUCGUCCAGAGGCUCCUGCAGAAACACCGGGCCAAAGGUGUGAUCAUCUUCGGGUCGGACCAGGAGGUGGCCGGUGUUAUGCGAGCCGUCAGGAGGAACAAUGCCACCGGGUCCUUCUCAUGGAUCGGCUCAGAUGGCUGGUCGGCGCGCUCCCUCGUGUCCUCAGGUAACGAAGCCGAGGUUGAGGGGACGCUAUCGGUGCAGCCCCAAGCGAAUCCAGUGGCCGGGUUUGACGACUACUUCCUCGGCCUGACGGUAGAGAAGAACAAGAGGAAUCCUUGGUUUGUGGAGUACUGGGAGAACCACUUCAACUGUCGCUACCCGAACUCCUCGCUGACGCCCUACAACGCGGCCAUCGCCAGGGAGUGCUCGGGGGAGGAGAAGCUCACGGCCAAGACGACCCAGUUUGAGGCGCAGCUGCAGUUUGUAUCCGACGCGGUGAUGGCCUUUGCAUUUGCGUUUAGAGACAUGCAUCAGGUUUUGUGUAAUAACGCGAGUGGUCUCUGCGCCGAAAUGAAUCCUAUUGACGGCGAGCAGCUGUUGACCUACCUGAGAAAAGUUACGUUCACAGGCUUGAGCGGGGACAGGUUCAAAUUCGACGAGAACGGAGACGGGCCAUCCAGGUACAACAUCAUCCACUUCAAACAGCUGACCCGCGGCCGCUACGCCUGGUCCACCGUGGGCACCUACAUCGAGGGGGAGCUGAGCCUCAACAUGACCUCCCUACAGUUCAAGCUGGGUGAGCCGCAGCCGCCGUCCAGCGUGUGUUCCCUGCCCUGCCUCACCGGCCAGGCCAAAAAAUAUGUUGAAGGGGAAUCCUGUUGCUGGCACUGCUUCAACUGCUCCACUUAUCAGAUCGUAAGCCCCGUGGAUGAGACUCAGUGCAUCACCUGUGACUGGGGGACGCUGCCCUCGCCCGACCACCUGCUCUGCGACCCCAUCCAGGAGGUGUACAUUCGCCCAAACUCGUGGUGGGCGAUUGGGGCGAUGCUGUUCUCCUCCCUGGGCGUGGUGAUGACGGGCGUGGUGGUGUAUGUGUUCCUCACCCACCACGACACGCCUGUGGUCCGCGCCUCGGGGAGAGAGUUGUCGUAUGUGUUGCUAUCCGGGGUGUUCCUGUGCUACGCCAUCACCUUUGUCUUUGUGCUGAAGGCCAUAUGUGUCGGUAUCACAGUCGUCGAGAAUGUGCGCGCCAAGACGGACCCCGGGUAUGAAGUCCACUUGGUCAUUGAUGAAGUCCAGCGUAUACAACAUCGCCUCAAGGGCCUGGACUCCCCCCUGCGGCAUGAUGGGACCACAUACCACAUCGUUAUGCCGCUCAUGGACCAUCAUAAGUCCACCUAG